UUUCUCUGGUCUGUCAAAAAACUAAUUCAUAACAUCAUUAUCCAAUUUGCACGUAUUUUUUCCAAAUUUUUUGUGUACCUAUUGUUAAAAUAAUGGCUGAAUGUAAAAAGAAAUGUUCGUGUAAGAAGAAAGGAGGGAGCCUUUUCAGCAUCGGCAAUAUAAUAGGUCUUGGAUUGAUCGCAGGUUGUGUGUAUGUUUACAACAAUUACUGCAUAAGGCCGAUCAUCGACGAUAUGUUGCGCAAAAUUGAACCGUUUUUCAAUGAUGUUAAAGGAACCAUUUUCAAACCUAAAGAAACCAGCAACAGACCGUUAAACAAAACGCCUAAAAAUCUUCCAAACCAUAAGGAAAUUGAGGAUAAUGUCGAUAAAGACAAAUGAGCUUGGCGAAAAAAACAAACUGUUAUUUGUAAUGUAGAUCGAAGUGUACGAAUUACAAAUUGAUCUUGAAAUUGUGUCUUUUAAUAAUACGUGAGGAGGAUUUCGCGAACCUACUUACACUCGGAUUUAUAAUGGGUUCUGUAUAUUACUACAACAAUUACAUGGCCUGUUCAAAAAGCAAAAGCGAUAAUAAAAAUAAGAAAGGAAAGAGAAAAUGUUGAUGUUAUGUCCACUAAAUUGUAGUAAUUUUACGUGAAGGAUAAUAACGUUAGAAAUUACUUGAUGAAUUGAAAAAAUCAUACCCUCUAAGGCUUCCUUCCACCCUCCACCACCUUCCUUUUAGCUAUACAAUGCAUCCUGUUCGAGAAAUCCCAAUUCCUCCCUUUUCUCAACUAAACGUAUAUUUUACAAAAUUCAUUACAAAUACAAUUUAAUAUAACAUACUAACCCUUGGAUUGAUAGUGGGUGCUGUAUAUGCUUAUAACAACUAUUUAGCAUGUUUAAUCAAAGAAGGAGGAGGAGGAGGAGGAGGAGGAGGAGGCAAAGAUGAUGGCAAGAAGAAGAAAAGAUGCUGAUAUAUUGCAAUAACUACUUAUAUUGGGACAUGACUCGAAGAACAACAAAACUAAAUUGUUUCCCCCCAUGUCUCCCCGCAUCCCCUGCUUUUGCUGCUCCAGUAUAUUGAAUGUUAAAUUGUAGGGUAUGGUUUAG